AUGGCAAAUCAUCCGCAGCAACAAUUUGGCCAAGGCCUUGGUAACGGUGGCGAUGGCCCGCCUAAUGAGAGGCAACAUGCUAAUCCACAACGUGGACAUUACGCGGAGAGUCUCCGCCCAAUUGUAGUGCGCGACCACCAGAAGUCGGCUGACGGUGUGCGCUUUGGUGAGCACCAAGAGCCUGGCUAUCAUGUCGGCUAUCAAAACAGCAGCUACGGCGCUGAGUAUGGCCGUGUACCUGAGACAUACCGUCCUCCAGGCAGUUUCGCUAACUCUAGGCAUACCUCCGACUAUAGGCACCCAGUACAGAGUGGUCCCAGCCACAGGACUAUUGAACGUAAGGGGACUCCAUUGAGGAAGUCAUCCUCAUCCCAGGGCAGCCAUCGUGAUCGAAUGCGUACGAGGGCUCGCCCUGCGCGUGAGGCGCCGAGCCGAGAAUCGGCCAGCGAGCGCCUGGCCAAGAUACUCGCACAGCGCAAGGCAGAGUCGAGUGCUCGAUCUGCUCCAAAGGCUCAACCACCCACACCGCCCACGCCAGCACAAGUUGCCCAGGGCCAGGUACAACCGGAUUUGGAACGUAGGUUCCAGGACCAAGAGCAGCGAUUUCAAGCUGCUAUGACGAUGACGCAGCAACAGGCGGCUAUUAUCGUGGCAAUGCAGCAAGAACAUGACCAGCUGAGGCGCGAACAUGACACGCUGGUAGAUCAGCUGAAUGAGGCAGCGCGAAACGGUGCGUUUCCUGCUUUCGCCCCUGCACCACGUGCCCACAUAGAGACGGCGGCUGAGCCGCUUAGACCAAAUAUCUCGCAGUCCUCACAGGGUCAUGCAGGUGAGUAUCACAGCAUUCACAUGCUAUCAAGCCAAGAAGCCGGGUCGCUGCAGUCAGCACCUGGUAUUGGACAACAAAUGGCCCCCUCGGGCUUUGGGAACGGUCUCACUCCGACGGAAAGUCAGAUUUCCUCAUUGCAGUCGUAUCUUAAGGGUACGCUCCCUAAAGGCGACUUCGGUCAGCCACCGGGACGGGAGAACUGA